UGUAAAUGUGAGUGACAAAGAGAAGACGCAAUUGAUUUUUCAGCUGUACGUAAUAACAAUAACAAAACAAGAACAAAAGAAACAAGGUCGUUAUUAUUUACUCACUCUGCUUGUUCACGUGAUUAAAUUUCUUGUGAAUUUCUCUAGAUAACAAAACAAAAACAGUUUAAAUUUGAUAAGGGGGGCAUCUAAUAUCGCCAUUUAUCAUUUCUCUACUUCAGUGUUCAGUAGAUUUUGUGUCGUCCAGGAAGUAACAUUAAAAUAUAAAUAUGAAGAUUAUAUUGGCUUUUUUGCCAUUCUUUUUAACACAAGUAAUAGCAGUCUCGUUUUUUGAUUUGGUUCAAGAAGAAUGGAAAUCAUUCAAGCUUACACAUAGAAAACAAUAUGACAAUGAAAUAGAAGAACGCCUUAGGAUGAAAAUUUAUGUUGAAAAUGCUCACAAAGUUGCUAAACACAAUCAGAAAUUUGAAAUAGGCUUGGUUUCGUACAAACUAAAACUUAAUCAAUUUGCUGACAUGCUUCAUCAUGAAUUUGUUCAUACUGUGAAUGGUUUUAAUAGAUCACAAGGUUUAUUAAGUCAACAAAUCCAAAAAGAGGAUUGCUUCAAAGCACCCACUUUUAUUCCCCCUGCACAUGUUAAAUUACCUGACCAAGUAGACUGGAGAGAAAAAGGAGCUGUAACAGAAGUCAAAGAUCAAGGUCAUUGUGGUUCAUGUUGGAGUUUUAGUGCUACUGGUUCCCUAGAAGGCCAACAUUUUCGUAAAUAUGGCAAGUUGGUGAGUUUAAGUGAACAAAAUCUCAUCGAUUGUUCUGGUAAAUAUGGCAACAACGGCUGUAAUGGCGGUCUUAUGGACAACGCGUUUAGGUACAUAAAAAAUAAUGGUGGUAUUGACACCGAAAAGACCUACCCUUAUGAGGGCGAAGACGACAAAUGCAGAUACAAUCCAAGGAACGCGGGUGCCGACGAUAAGGGCUUUAUGGACAUUAGUCAAGGGGACGAAGAAGCCCUUAAAGCAGCAGUGGCAACAGUGGGUCCUAUCUCAGUGGCCAUUGAUGCCAGUCAUGAAAAUUUCCAAUUUUAUUCCGAAGGCGUUUACUACGAUGAAGAAUGUAGUUCUGAGCAGUUAGAUCACGGAGUGCUAGCAGUAGGCUAUGGAACCACUGAAGAUGGUACUGAUUAUUGGUUGGUAAAGAACUCAUGGGGACCAAAAUGGGGCGAUAGUGGUUACAUCAAAAUGGCCAGAAACAAAGACAACAACUGUGGAAUAGCAAGUUCAGCAAGUUAUCCUCUCAUUUAAAGUAAAAAAGAAUCUCUUUUAACUUUUAGUAUGCAUUUGAAUUGUUUUGUAGUUAAUUGUCUCUCUAUUUUGUUUUUAAUUUUUUUUAAUGUGCUCUCUGUAUUUCUUAUCUUUUUGUGUUAAUUCGAGAAGUAUUUAUAAAAUAAGACUAAUAAAUAAUUUAAUUUGAAUGAUUUGUCUGCUUAGCUUACUUUGUGCUCUUAUGGAGACACAAUUUUUCUUUUCUAUUACAUCUAUCUAUGAACUAUUCUCUAUGAUCAGUAUGGUUCAUAACCAUAGAUAUUCAUCACCUACAAACACCGUGCUAACGGUAAUUUUUGUAUUGUUUAUAAUCCAAAUAGCUAAUUCGUUCAAAUUGAAUGUGAAUAAAUUAAUAUAUAUUGA